GGCGGGGCCUGGGGCUCGAACACUCGAACCCCAAUCCCCAGGCCAGUCAGCCACAGACAUCGCCAGGCCGGGUAGAACAGAGGCCACGCAUCCACGCGCUCCUACCGCGGCAUCACAGAGGACGCUGGGCAACAGCGAAUAUUCGCCAGUGUGUGCGUGUGUGUGUUUGAGUGGAAGUCGCUGUCAUGAUCGCAGCCAACUUGGUGGCACUGCCGCUGCUGCUGCUGACACUGGCCUUCCCGGUCGAGGGAAGGGAGGACGCCGCCAAGAGGCAGCGGGACGCCAAGAUGCGACUCUUGGACGCCACGAACCGACUGAUCUUGCAGCGUCCGUCGGGCUGGUCGCCGCCGCCGUGGCCCGGGCAGUGGGAGUGGCCGCACUGGACGCCCGACCAGCACCACCAGGCCGACCACUGGGACGCCUCACAGUUCGCGGACCUCGAGCACUUGCAGCACUCUUACCAGCCGGACCCCGAGCUGCUGCUCGAAGUGCAGCCCGAGGAGCCCCCGAGCGCGUUUCCGGGCGCCCACGCCACUUCCGGUGUGGUGGGAGCCCUUCCGAGGCCCCUCGGCCACUCGACCGGGGACCAGAAGCUGGAGCUGAGCCUGGGGCCGUGCGUGCUGCAGCUGUACGAGCCGUGCACGGACAGCGGCAGCAUCAUCUUCUACCUGUUCAGCUCGGUGGACGGCAGGCCGGCCGUGCUCUCCGUCACCGACCCCAGGCUGCCGGCCGACUUCGACGAGGACCUGCCGACCAAGGUGCUGAUCCACGGCUUCGCCGGUAGCGUCGACUUCAACUUCACGUCGUCGGUGCGACAAGCCUACCUGCUCCGCGGCGGCUACAACGUGCUGGUGGUGGACUGGGGCCGCCUCACGCACCUGCCGUGCUACGCCAGCUCCGUCGUCAACACGUGGCAGGUGGCUCGGUGCACGGGGCAGCUGCUGGCGCGGCUCGGCCAGGCGUCGCCGUCGCUGCGGCCGCCGCAUCUGCACGUCGUCGGCUUCUCGCUGGGCGCCCACAUCGCGGCCUUCGUCAGCGACGAGCUCGUGGCCCGCACCGGCCAGCGCGUGGGCCGCAUCACAGGUUUGGACCCCGCGCUGCCGGCGUUCGCGUCGCUGGCGCCGUCCUGGAAGCUGGACCCGGGCGACGCCGACUUCGUGGACGUGGUGCACACCAACGCCGGCAUCCUGGGCAAGGUGGAGCCCACGGGCCACGCCGACUUCUACGUCAACGGCGGCUCCGUGCAGCCCUUCUGCACGGGCGGGGACAGGAACAUCCCGCUGUGCAGCCACCUGCUGGCGCCGGUGUACUUCUCCGAGACCAUCCUGGACGAAUCCUCCCACUGGGGGCGCUACUGCUCGUCCUACGGCCACUACGCGUGGGGCUACUGUGCGGCCGCGGAGCGGGACGCGGCGACGGACACCCUCGCGGGGGCCUUCAUGGGGGAGGGCGUGCACAGCUCGCUUCGAGGAACAUUUAUAGUGGAGACCGCAGCCAGCUAUCCUUUCGCACUCGGACCCCCUCAACCAAUUUCACCGCCCCCUCGACCCCAGCCACCCUCAGUUCCGCAGGAAACUUUUUUUGUCCUUUUGACUCGUCAGAAAAAAUAAAUUUCAUCAAAGCCACGUCCAUUAAAAGUGUUUAGUAGGGUGUUUGAAAGAAAAACGCAAGGGUACUUGAUUUAUCGACAAUUUAUCAUAUUCAUCCAUACAAAUAAAAUAUUCAUUCUUCAUAUCACUCACACAUUUGCUCAUCACAUGCAAAAAAAGGGGGGGAAUGGAAAUCAUGUAUAAAGUUGACAUAGAGGCACUAUUGAAACGAAAAGUUUAAAAAUUGAUCACAAAUGAAUAGCAUUCAACUGUCGAGUUUUCACAAAUUUUACCGGAUCUUGAUUUUGCUUUUUCAAUCUUUAG